GCGGGGCGGCAGGCACCGGGCCCCCGGGCGGGGCGGCAGGCACCGGGCCCCCGGGCGGGGCGGCAGGCACCGGGCCCCCCGGGGGCGGCAGGCACCCGGGCCCCCGGGCGGGGCGGCAGGCACCGGGCCCCGGGCGGGGCAGCAGGCACCGGGCCCCCGGGCGGGGCAGCAGGCACCGGCCCCCCCGGGGCGGGGCAGCAGGCACCGGGCCCCCGGGCGGGGCAGCAGGCACCGGGCCCCCGGGCGGGGCAGCAGGCACCGGGCCCCCGGGCGGGGCGCAGCAGGCACCGGGCCCCCGGGCGGGGCAGCAGGCACCGGGCCCCGGGGCGGAGCAGCAGGCACCGGGCCCCCGGGCGGGGCAGCAGGCACCGGGCCCCGGGGGCGGGGCAGCACCGGGCCCCCCGGGGCACAGGCCCCCGGGCGGGGCAGCAGGCACCGGGCCCCCCGGGCGGGCAGCAGGCACCGGGCCCCCGGGCGGGGCAGCAGGCACCGGGCCCCCAGGCGGGGGCAGGCACCGGGCCCCCGGCGGGGCGAGCAGGCACCGGGCCCCCGGGCGGAGCAGCAGGCACCGGGCCCCCAGGCGGGGCGACAGGCAUCGGGCCCCCAGGCGGGGCGGGGCAUCGGGCCCGGGCCCCCAGGCAGGGGGGCGACAGGCAUCGGGCCCCCAGGGGGGCGACAGGCAUCGGGCCCCCAGGCGGGGCGACAGGCAUCGGGCCCCCAGGCGGGCGGCGGGCGCCGGACCCCCAGGCGGAGCGACAGACAUUGGAUCGUCUGGCUGGACAGCGGGCA